AUGACGGAUUCAUUCUCGUCAAUUUACGCUAUCGACACGGAAUACAAUGCCGAUUCAAUUGAAUUUUUUCCAUUUGAAUUAUUUUCAUCGUCGUCACCGUCAUCAUCAUCGAAAUUCGGAUACUUCGCUUGUGGGACAUAUCAAUUACAACAACAGGUCUCGGAAAAAAUGACGGCAGAUAAAGAAAACGAAAAAGAAAAUAAUAAGGAUGACCCUGAUGAUGAUCAAGUUGAGAUUCUUGAAGCUCAAAGAAUUGAAAUGUCCGCUAUUCUCGAUAUGAAAUGGUCACAUCAACGAAUUCACGAUGCUGGAGUUCUAGCGGUGGCAGACGCGUCGGGAUUAGUUUCAUUAUUUAGAUUCAAUGAAGAAAAUAAUCGAUUAGAUUUUGCCACUAAUUAUAACCAAAAAGAUAAUAAUGGUGAAGGUGGAGGUGAAACAUUGUGUCUUUCACUUGACUGGUCAAAUCGGUUACCAUCCAGCGCACCUAUCAAUAUCAUAGUAACCCAAAACGAUGGAUGCGCCUCAAUACUUUCCGUUGACGCUCAAAGAGAAAUGAUAACAAAAACUCGACAAUGGAAAGCACACGAUUUCGAGGCGUGGAUAGGGGCAUUUAAUUACUGGAGCACGAAUUUGGUUUAUACUGGUGGCGAUGAUUGUCGAUUAAAAGGAUGGGACUUGCGAAUGAAAUCUUUUUCGCCGUUGUUUAACAGCUCAAGCUACGACGAACAUAUUCUCUUAUGGGACACAAGAAACAUGUCAUGUCCCUUAACAGAACACAUCACAGACGGUGGUGUAUGGAGACUUAAAUGGCAUCCGACACGCAGUGAUCUUUUACUGGCUGCAUGUAUGUACAAUGGAGCGCGUGUUCUUAAAAUUGACAAUUGCUAUAAUGACGAUAACUUGAAAAUAAAAAAGAAUGACGACAUUAACACAAGCAACAUAAACAAACAAAUAUCAAUGUCCACGUAUUGCAGGUUCAUGGAACAUCAAUCAAUAGUCUAUGGUAUUGAUUGGUGUUGCUAUUCUCAAAGUGAUAGAGGUGAUAAUGGCGUUACAAAUGAGAAAGAAGACAAGUCUCUAAUUGCUAGUUGUUCUUUUUACGAUCAUGUCGUGCAUUUAUGGAGAAAUAAUGGAUCUCUGUCAUCAUUUGAUUAG